AUGUCUUCCAAAUUUCUCUGCCUCCGCUCUGCGCGUCUUGCUGCGCGCUAUCCGUGUCAUCGACGAGCCUUUGCCUCAGCCGCCUCUAGCCGCGCCGACCACGUUCGCAUCGUAGAAGUUGGGCCACGCGAUGGAUUACAGAAUGAGAAGCAGACGGUGCCGUUAGCCACAAAGAUAGACUUGGUAGAGAGGCUGGCAAAGACCGGGUUGACAACCAUCGAAGCCGGCUCUUUCGUUGCGCCAAAAUGGGUGCCGCAGAUGGCCAAUUCGGCAGAGAUACUCGAACAUGUCCUUUCUCGUCCCCCUCCCUCGCCGCAACCAAUCACAUACCAAUGGCUUCUGCCAAACGUCAAAGGACUCGACAACUUCCUCUCCACCUGGCAAUCCAAGUCCCAGCCUAGCCAAGAUGCAUACCCAACGCCCCCACCUUCUCCGGGUCCGGUUAAUGGACCAGAUUCGAACUCGUCCUCCCAAUCUGAAGCAUCAGCUUCGCCAUCAUCGCCUAGACACGAAGUCUCAAUUUUCACAGCGGCGACCGAGUCCUUUUCCCAGAAGAAUACGAAUUGCUCCAUAGCAGAAUCGCUGAAGCGUUUUGAGCCAACCAUGUCUAAAGCAAAGGAAAUGAACCUAAAUGUACGCGCGUACAUUUCGGUUGCGCUCGGUUGCCCAUACGAAGGUCCAAACGUCGAUCCCCACAAAGUGGCAGAGCUGGCUGUGAGUCUACUGGAGAUGGGCGCCGACGAGAUUUCAGUAGGAGACACUACGGGAAUGGGCACCGCGCCUAAGACGAUGGAGCUUCUGAAAACACUAAACGCUGCUGGUAUCGACAAGAAUGACCUUGCACUCCAUUUCCAUGACACAUACGGUCAGGCGCUAGUCAACUCGGUCGUAGCUCUUGAGCAUGGAAUUCGCACCUUCGAUGCAGCAGUGGGUGGUCUUGGAGGUUGUCCGUAUAGCCCCGGUGCAACUGGAAAUGUUGCCACGGAAGAUCUUGUUCACUGCCUCCAUAGCUUGGGAGCGAACACUGGUGUGGAUAUUGAGAAACUUGCUGAAGUAGGCCAGUGGAUUUCCGAGGAGUUGGGAAGACCGAAUGAAAGUAGAGCUGGCAAGGCUACCUUGGCUAAGUUACGGAGGGCAGCGUAG